AAAUAUUUUAAACAAAUUUUUAUCUAAAAAAAAAAAAAAAUCAAAUUCAAACCGUCUAACUCAGACAACAGUCGCUUACAGUAUAGACACGCGCACUAUGGUGUCACAAAACUCAAAGUUUAUGGCGUAUUGGCGACUUAUAGAUUGGUGGGGCGAGAUGAACAUGCGUUGACGAUGUGUUUCGGUAUCACCGCCGCCCAAGAUAAGUAUAUUAUUAUGAUUAGGUGUUAUAGUAUCAUAGUGCUUGCCACCGGCGAUGGUUCACUCGCUAAGAUAUUAUCCGCAUUGUGCACGAGUGUGUUGUUUAUAACAUUGUUAAUAUUUUACUAAUUUCAAUGUUCAUGCAUUUUUUUUUGUUCAAGCUACAAAUUAUUCUGGUCGUUAUUGCACUCUAUUGACCAUGGAUGUGAUAUAGCCUACAACGCGAUCGUCAAUAUGAAAGCUGACAACAUUAGAAUACAUUUAAUUAUCAUCACAUUUAUUUUCUUCGAGUCAUGGAUAGCUGCUAUUGACAUUCGAAAUCAAGAUCUUAACAACUUAAAUAAGACAAAGACGGACGACUAUGAAACCACAUUGCUUUUGGACGAUGACGAUGACGAUGACGACGAUGAAACCAAUUCUACGGUUAAUCCAAUAAAGCAUAACACAAAAUUGUUUAACGCCGGUGUCGUUAAGAGGACCGACACGGAAUUGAUAUGUCGAAAAACGUUCGAAUACGACGGCCAAACUUUGUCGCACUGUUACGACGACUCUCACUGCAAACUGUACGGCGACUGUUGUCGGGACAGUAAGUUCUACGCGGAACUGGAUCAGACCGUGGCCGUCUCCGGAAGCGCGUACAACAACACCCGGUACGGGUGUCACCACAUGGACGGCACGAACGCCGGGCGAGCGCUGAUGAUCGGCAGGUGUCCGCGGGACGCGACGGUGCAUCACGAGAUUCGCGACAAGUGCGAACGGCGGGCCGACGAUUUCGUGUCCGCUUACCCGGUGCAGUCGACCGGCGACGGGCACGCUUAUAAGAACGUGUGGUGCGCUUGGUGCAACGGCGAACGCCGACGGGUGAUCUACUGGAAACCGCUGUUCCACUGUUCCGGAAACAACGGCCGGACGACGGUCAGCGUCCGGCUGGAGAACGCGUCCGACCACACGCUGUUGUACCGGAACGGGCAGUGGUACUACGCCGACUACGCCAACCGGACUCUGCUCACGUGCGGCUUCCGGAUCCAACGGCCGGCGGCCGACGACGACGACGCGACGCCGGACACUCCGCCGUUGCGGCCCUGCGUCAGCGAGGGGUCCACCAAGAUCGUGGACGGAUGUCCGGACGGCACGCCGGCCGCCGCGGCCCGGGCUUGCGCGUCUCACACGUACACCGUGUUCGAGUACCGGCCGGCCGGCGGCCAGGACAUGCGCGUGUUCCGGAACGCCGACUGCGCCCGGUGCAACGGCCUGACCACGGGGCACCUGAUGUGCGAACCGCCGCCGCCGCCGUUGAAAUCGCCGUUCGGCUUCGGGUCGCUGUUCGCGGUCAGGGCGGCCGGCAAGCGACGGGACCCGUGCGCCCCGGACGAGAUUUACGACGUGCCGGCGGCCAAGUGCCGGAACGUGAUCCGGGACGAGCUUCCGGGGUCGUGCAUGACGUACGUGACGUUCGGCCGGAGCGAGUACGACGACCGGACCAUGGACAACGAGACGGCGUACGUGUACGUGUACAAGAAACGCGUCCGGUACGUGACGGAAGUCCGGCCGACGGUGGCCGCUCCGGGCGCCGCGUCCCUGCUGUGGGUGUGCACCGACGACGUGGAAGGGCUGCUCCGGCCGUACGAACAGUCGACGUACGCCGUGUACCUGUCGUACGCGGGCGUGGCCGGAUCUUGCGUGUCCGUGGCGGCGCUGGUCGCCCAUCUCGCGCUGUUCGGGUGCGGCGGGUGUUGCGGCGGCGGCGCGGCCGAGCCGAAGAACCUGCCCGAAAAGAACCUGGCCAGCCUGUCCACCGGGCUGCUGGUCGGCUACGCGGGCUACCUGUCCGUGGCCCUGCGGGCCGUCACGCCGGGCGACGGGCUGCCGUGCCUGGCGUCGGCGCUCACCACGCAGUUCGGUUUCCUGGCGGCGUUCGCGUGGAUGUUCGUCAUGUCGGCCGACGUGUGGAUCGUGCUGCACGCGUCCACCAAGAAGCUCCGGGUGGCCGGCGGCCAGCGCCGCGGCCGGUUCGCCGUGUACUCGCUGUUCGCGUGGCUGGCGCCCGCCGCGCUCACCGGCCUGUCCGCGGUCAUGCAGCUGCAGCCGCGGUUCGCGGGCCCGCUGUUCCCCGAGCUCCGGCCCAACUUCCACUACGACUGCUGGUUCCGGAACCCGCAGUCGCUGGUCGCGCUGUUCGUGCUGCCGGCCGGCACGGCGAUCGCCGCCAACUACGUGUCGUUCUUCGGCGCCGUCCGGCUGAUCGCCACUUCCGACAGCGGGUUCAAGGCCGACGACAGCGCGACCUGCACCGUGAACCGGACGCGCCGGAACCUCAGGAUCUACGUCCGGCUGUCGCUGAUGAUGGGCCUGGCGUGGGUGUUCGCGCUGAUCGGCGCCGUCACCGACACGGACGUCGCGUGGACGCUCAACACGGCGCUCAACUCGCUGCACGGCGCGUUCGUGUUCGUGGCGUUCGACUGCAACCGGAACACCGUGCAGAAGUUGGCCGCGUUCCGGAAGCGACCGACCGCCGUUUCCGAAACGCAGACCACGUCGGCCAACACGCCGCUCAGCGCGUCCACUUAGCGGGGCCGGACGUAGUUUUUCCAAAGCGCGUCGUAUACAACAAUUAUACGACGUUUGUCGCGGUGUAGUGCAUAUUAUUAUUCGGUGUAGUGUUGUAUAGCUUCGGUGUAGUCGUGUAUUUGACGCCAUCGUCGAGUGCACGACGGUCGCGUGUCACGCCGCUUUUGCAGGACGACGACUGCCGCCGCGAUUCCUCGAGGAUAUUUUCCACCGCUAUAUUUUGUUCGCGUUUUGUAAUUUAUAUUAUUUUAUUUAUUAUAUAUUUUGUAUAAUCACGGAGGUUUGAAUGUCAUCACUGCAGUUUUACCCACAUGAUAUUAUAUAUUUUGUAUUCCUUAUUAGGUAUAUUUCAAUGCUAUGAUCCCGCCAAUUCUCCGUCUUACCUUUUCAGACUGCACAUUAUACCUAAUUAUAACAGUAGGACGUUUCAAUCGUUGAGUUUCCCCGUAAUAAUUACCGACAAAAUAAAAUAAUAUAAAUGUAAGGCUAGUAAAUGAUUUUUCAGCUAUACAGACGAUUUUUUUGCAGUUUGUACCAAAAAGUAAAGGAAUAUUUCUUA